AUGGUCCAGAAUAGACAACAAGCAUGCGACAAUGACGCCAUCUACGGACUGGCAAGCACGGAUAAAUUCGGUGGCGCUCACAGAAUUUUGCACGACACGCCACCCAAAGACAGAAGAUGCAAAUCUGUCGCUACAUGGAGCAUUUCGGCGCCCCAGCCGUUGAGGCCGACGGGUAUUAUUAAAGGCCGUGGGCUGAUGUUAUGCUGGGAUCUUGGGCCCAUCCGCGUACGGGCCUUUGGGGCCUUGUCAAGAAUCCAGCCACCAUCGCGGAACGCGUAG